AGAAUUUUUUUCUCUGGACUCUACACCUUUACAGCUCAUCCAGGCCACUUGCAUUGGCCCUUCUGUGAGAGUAUCGAUGGGUCAGUAAGGUCACUUGUGUUGUUCUUGCAUACAAAGAUAUGACCUAAGGAAGAAUGGCUGUAGGAAAUGCCUCUUCAGUGAAAGAAUUUAUCCUGCUGGGCUUGACACAGAAGCCAGAGCUCCAUCUGCCUCUCUUCUUCUUCUUCUUGGGAGUUUAUGUAUUAUCUGUGGUGGGAAACCUGGGGUUGAUUGUUCUAAUUGUUUUGAAUCCUCACCUGCACACUCCCAUGUACUACUUCCUCUUCAAUCUUUCCUUUAUUGAUUUCUGCUAUUCCUCUGUCAUAACCCCCAAAAUGCUGGUAGGUUUUGUGAAGCAGAACAUCAUCUCUCAUGCUGAGUGUAUGACUCAGCUCUUUUUCUUUGCCUUCUUUGUUAUUGAUGAAUGCUACAUGUUGACAGCAAUGGCCUAUGACAGAUAUGCUGCCAUCUGUAAGCCCCUGCUUUACCAGGUCACCAUGUCUCAUCAGGCCUGCCACUUGAUGAUGGUGGGAGUGUAUGUAAUGGGGUUUGUGAAUGCCAUGGCCCAUACUGGUAGUGUUCUAAAGAUGACCUUCUGUGAUGGUAACAUCAUCAAUCACUACAUGUGUGAUGUACCACCUCUCCGGAAACUCUCCUGCACAAGCACCUCCAGCAAUGAGCUGUUGGUUUUCAUUUUUGUUGGUGUCAAUGUAAUAAUACCUAGCCUGACUCUGUUUGUUUCUUACACCUUGAUCCUUACCAAUAUUCUCAGCAUCCAUUCUGCAGAAGGUCAGUCAAAAGCCUUCAGUACCUGUGGCUCCCAUGUAGCAGCUGUUUCUCUUUUCUUUGGAUCUGUAGCCUUCAUGUAUUUUAAGCCUUCUAGUGUAUCUAUAGAUGGAGAAAAAGUCUCUACCAUUUUUUAUACCGUAGUGGGCCCAAUGCUGAAUCCUUUCAUCUACAGUAUAAGGAAUAAGGAUGUUCACAUUGCACUGAGAAAAACUUUGAAGAAAAAAAUUUUUUAACUAAAUAAAAUCUGUAUUUGUCAUGGAA